UUGGAACGGAAAGUAAUCUUAACUGUCAAACUAACUGUCAUGUCAUUGUCAUUUUUUACAAAAAUGGCCGGCUUUUGUAGUUCCGGAUUUUAAUUGCGUGUUAUUUUUAAGCUGAUUUUUAAACAACAGCGAUGGCAAUCCAUAUUUCAAUUCGCUUACUCCAUCUCCGCGCGUCAUCGAGUGUGGUUCGGAAUUCUUUACUUUGUGAGCUGUAUUUUUAGAUUCUUGCGUCUGUGUUUAAAAUUGUUGACCUCUGCUUUCUCCUUUUGGACUCCGACUGCUAUUUUGUUGACCUCGGCUUAUUUGAAAUACGGACUACGAUUUGCUACAAUGACUUCGGAAAAAAAAUGCUGUUCCGGACUGUGGUUUGGAAAAGGAAAUUCUUCACAAAUUUCCUAACCCUGAUAAAGACCCAGAACGUUUUCGGACCUGGCUUUACAAUGUUGGCGGUGAUGUAAUGGCUCUAGAAAAUAGUGUUAUUUUCAAGCGUCGCCGUGUAUGUCACUUGCAUUUUGAAAGCCGCUUCCAUACUAGAAGUAAAUUCCUGAGUGCCAAUGCUAUACCUACACUCUGCUUGUCAGGGUCCCAAUUAAGAAGACCACUAUUGGAUGUGAUGAAUCAACCUGGCCCCAGUAGUGAGAAUAUUGCAAUGCUGCGACCACAGUCAAAUGUCCCAAACACAUCACAGCUACAGAACAACACUUUGUGUAAUCGAAGAAAAGCAGUUAAAAAGACUAACGAACAUGAAAAGGAUUUGGCCAAAAAAAUUGUACAGUUAAAAAAACAAAAUGAAUCAUAUUCGAAGAGACUCAAAAAAGCUCAGAAACUUUCCACCAACAGUGCUUUCCAAAAUGCAUGAAACAAUUCAAGACCUUGGCUGCUAUUUUCACUCUGAUGCAGUUUCGACAAAUAGGGAAACCAAAGACGGGAAGAAGGUUCACAAAAGAAGAAAAGAUAAUGGCACUAAGUGUGUACAAGGCGGGACCAAAAGCGUACAGAUGGCUUAGCAAAAUAUUUG